AUGGAAAUAAGCCUGGUGCUGAUCGUUGUUGUGUUGUGCUCCAGUGCUGCUACCCUAGUUACUUGUAGUAGCGCGGGGUUCCACAUGGAGCUCACCCAUGUUGAUGGCAAAGGGAGCUACACCACGGCGGAGCGCGUGCAGCGCGCCAUGGCCAGCAGCCGGCAGCGCCUGGCGUCCUUUGCUGACGUGAGCAUGCCCGUCCACUGGAACACCAGCCAGUACAUCGCUGAGUACCUGAUCGGCAACCCACCGCAGCGCGCGGAGGCCAUCGUCGACACAGGCAGUGACCUCAUCUGGACGCAGUGCUCCACCUGCAGCCUCAAAGGAUCUUGCGUCAAGCAGGGCCUGCCCUACUAUAAUGCGUCCAACUCAGACAGCUUCCAUCCCGUGGCAUGCAACGACACCUUGUGCUUGGCCAACCUCGAGCACUCCUGUGCCAGGGGCGGCAGCUGUGCUUUCGGGGCCUUCUAUGGUGCCGGCGUCGCCAGAGGGUCCAUUGGCACUGAGGUCUUCGCCUUCCAAAACAGCACGGCUAGGCUCACGUUCGGCUGCGUCGACUCGCUGAUGAUCACUCCGGGGUCCCUCCACGGAGCGUCCGGUCUCAUCGGCCUUGUCCGCGGCCCCCUGUCGCUCAUCUCUCAGGUGGGCGCCAAAAAGUUCUCUUACUGUCACACCCCCUAUCUCCGCAGCAACGCCACCGCCGGUGCCAGCAGCCAUCUUUUUGCCGGUGCCUCGGCGAGCCUUAGCGGCGGCAGCCCUGUGAUGUCCAUGUCUUUCGUACAAGUCCCAAAAAAGUACCCAUUCUACUAUGUCCCACUCAUGGGGAUAAGCGUGGGACACACAAGACUGUCCAUCCCACCGACGGUGUUUGCUCUGAAACAAAACGGCAGCGGCGGGGUCAUUAUCGACUCAGGCAAUCCCACUACGGCUCUGGCCCAUGGGGCCUACUGGCCCCUAAGCAAGGAGCUCCGGAGGCAGCUGAACGGGAGCCUCGUGUCGCCACCCGAAAACAGUGGAAUGGACCUGUGUGUGGCGGUGGCACACGAAAAGACAGUGCCAUCCAUGGUGUUCCACUUCAGUGGCGGCGCGGACAUGGUGCUGCCGCCGGAGAACUACUGGGUGCCGCUGGACAAUUCCACGUCAUGCAUGGUGAUGCAUACAUCCAACGGCAUGAGCGUCAUCGGCAACUUCCAGUUGCAGAACAUGCACCUGCUCUACGACCUUGCCAAGGACGAGCUAUCUUUCCAAACAGCCGACUGCAGUUCACUGUGA